AUGGGGACCCAUGAUUUUGAUGGUUCUGAACUUGACAACAAGACAACUUCACUUCAUGAUCAGUUCUCGACACAGUUAUCAUUAUCUAGUUCCAAUGACGGCGAGGAGAUUGCAACUUCUUCAUGUCCUGACAAGCAGUUUCAUUUGGCCAUCCAUAAUCUGUCCCUAAAAAGUUGUAAACAGGAUAAAACCGAGGAGGAUGCAGUUAAAUGGAGGCUUGAAGAGAAAGGUUUCCCCUUUGUUUUUUCAGACUCGGAAUGGGGUGAUUCUUCAUAUGAAAAUUCUCUCAGCGAACAGUCAUCUACAAUCAGUACCCCCAGUACGCCAUUCACUGUACAGUCGGAUGCUCAGUCUGAGGAUCUUGACAGAACAGAUAUCUGGGUUUCUUCUUUAGAUCUUGAAGCUGAGGAUUCUGCCUUGCUGCCAGACAAGGAACAGCUUCCAGAUGUACUCGGUUUUGAUUUCCCCAGCCCUUCUUUCAGUGCAAUCAGAAGCCUCCAGUUUGGUCCUUCCAGUUACAGUACAGGAAUAUUGCAGAGCAAAGAAGCCAACGACUCUGAUGGGCCAAUAUUCUGGCCAUUUGAGCGCACUUCCUACAACAGUCCUGAAUUUGACAAAUUUCUGAGUGUGUCGCCUCGUAGAAACACAAUGGAUCUCGGGUAUGCUGAAGUUCGUCACUUGAAUCCAGUGUUGCAGAGGCUCCGUAAGAGCACACUAUCUUCAGUGAAGAAGUGCAUUGAACUGCGUCAAGGGAUUAGCAAUUCAGGCGCAAAAGGAAGCAUGGCCUCCUCCGAAGAGAAGAUUCAGAAGACGCCUGCAGUUCCCUCCAGGUUAAGCAGGAUAACAAAAGCAUCUGCACCCUCUAGUUCCAGCCAUCAUCAGAUGCCGAGCAUGUGUCAGAAAAGAAGGCCGCCUCACUUGAAACUUGGUGAUCCAAGAAAGAUUAGCUCUCCACAGUUGCAGGCAGAUCAGUCUGCUAAAAAGAUUGAAGCAUCAUCAGACGUCCAGAAACUAGCGGAUAAGAAGAGUUGGAUUGAAGAGUUGAUUGGAUUGGAUGAGUUUGAUGGCCAUGAAGGCAUGGGCUCGGAUUCCUCAGACUACCAAUUUAGUCUGUGGAUAUCUCCAAGAUAG